CUGGUAGAGGAAGAGUGUGAGGAGAGCACGAGCCUCCCGGUGCGGUACCGGCCCGAGCCGCCCGCUGCCCUGGCGCGCGCCUCCCGGUUCACUCCGCACGAGAUCAAGCUCAUGUACCGCGGCUUCAAACAGGAGUGUCCCACAGGAAUGGUGGAUGAAGAGACCUUCAAGAACAUAUUCUCACAGUUCUUCCCUCUCGGCGAUGCGUCGCAAUACGCGCAUUUCGUGUUCAACGCCGUAAAACACAAGCAUGGAGGCAAAUUAAGUUUCGAGGAGUUUCUCGAUACGCUGUCACGGGUUGCACGUGGGUCUGUGCAAGAGAAACUCUCCUGGGUGUUCGCGCUUUACGAUGUCGACGGUGAUGGGCGGAUCUCCAGGUCAGAGAUGCUGGCUGUAGUGGAAGCAGUAUACGAACUACUUGGACGGGCGGCGGUGCCCCCCGUACUUCCGGCAUCUGCUAAGGAUCACGUAGAUAAAAUCUUUAACCUGAUGGACACGAACGCCGACGGCGUAGUGACUCCUGAUGAACUGGCACGCUGGUGCACGCGCGACCCGGCGCUGCUGCAGUCGCUGCAGACGCUGGACACGGUGUUGUGA